CUGCGGGCGCGGGAGUCGGCGGGACCACAGUCCAGGGCACCGCUCGCUAGACACCCCUCCGCGGAGAGUGCGUUUCUAGGCAACGCCGGGCGGCGUCACUUCCUGCCAUUUAAACUCGGGCCCACCCUCGCGGCGCUCGCCCGAGUCCGCGCGCUCUGUGGUCCCGCGCGCCUUCUUCGCGGCUCCGGGCGGCUGGUGGACGCGAGGGGCGCCGAGGGCGGGAGCGGAGUCCGCGCCGCUCGUCUGCGCUGCGGCCCAGCGGCUCCCGGCGGGCGGGCGGCGGCGAUGGCGGCGGCGGAGCCCGCGAGCUCUGCUCAGCCCACGCCGCAGGCCCAGGCCCAGCCGCCGCCGCCGCCGCCUGGGGCGCCAUCCUCGCAGCCGCCCGCGGCGCUCGCGGCGGGCAGCAGCCGGCACGAGAAGAGCCUGGGGCUGCUCACCACCAAGUUCGUGUCGUUGCUGCAGGAGGCGCAGGACGGCGUCCUGGAUCUCAAAGCGGCUGCAGAUACUUUGGCUGUGAGGCAAAAGCGAAGAAUUUAUGAUAUCACCAAUGUCUUAGAAGGAAUUGAUCUAAUUGAAAAAAAAUCAAAGAACAGUAUCCAGUGGAAGGGUGUAGGUGCUGGCUGUAAUACUAAAGAAGUUAUAGAUAGAUUAAGAUUUCUUAAAGCUGAAAUUGAAGAUCUAGAACUGAAGGAAAGAGAACUCGACCAGCAGAAAUUGUGGCUACAGCAAAGCAUCAAAAAUGUGAUGGAAGACUCCAUUAAUAACAAAUUUUCCUAUGUAACUCACGAAGACAUCUGCAAUUGCUUUAAUGGUGAUACACUGUUGGCCAUUCAGGCACCUUCUGGCACACAGCUCGAAGUACCUAUUCCAGAAAUGGGUCAGAAUGGACAAAAGAAAUACCAGAUAAAUUUAAAGAGUCACUCAGGACCUAUCCAUGUGCUGCUUAUAAAUAAAGAGUCCAGUUCAUCUAAGCCGGUGGUUUUUCCUGUCCCCCCACCUGAUGACCUCACACAGCCUUCCUCCCAGUCCUCAACAUCAGUGACUCCACAGAAAUCCACCAUGGCUGCUCAGAACCUGCCUGAGCAGCAAGUUUCUGAAAGAAGCCAGAGUUUCCAGCAGACACCAGCUACAGAAGUAUCUUCAGGAUCUAUUAGUGGAGACAUCAUUGAUGAACUGAUGUCUUCUGAUGUCUUUCCUCUCUUACGGCUUUCUCCUACCCCAGCAGAUGACUACAGUUUUAAUUUAGAUGAUAAUGAAGGAGUUUGUGAUUUGUUUGAUGUUCAGAUACUAAAUUAUUAGAUUCCAUGGAAACUUGGGACUGUUAUCUACCUCUAACUGUAACAUUGUAGAAUUCUUAAUAACCUAAGUAUUUAAAAUUAUGAAUGUAACACCGUUUUAGUUCGCUGAUUCUGAAAUGUUCUUCCCUAACCUUUAAUUUUUUACUUCACAAAACUUGAAAGGGCUCUGACUGCUUCAAGGGGGUGAUUAACUGUCUGCUAGCAUGCCCCUCCAGUGAUUAUAUUCAGUUUCUUUCAAGCUGAAUUCUGCUGUAGCUUCCUCUGCUGAGGAAAGUUAAAGCAGGCUUCAGGCCAUCACAACAAAAGAUUGCCCAGAAGAUCACUUAUUUGUCUUUAUGUUGUUACUGCCACAAAGUUCUAUCUAUGUGUCCUUCAGACAUUCACUGCCACAUAGAGGGAAGGACGUCACUGCUGCGUGGACAGACUUUGUGAAGUGCCUUCUGUUUUAGCACUUUAAGUCUUUCAGUUUGUUGACUUCUGACAUUCCACUUUCCUAGAGUCUAGGAAAGAUCUGUUAUGUAGUUGUUUUUAAAAUGUGCCAAUGCCUGUCCAUUAACAAGAUUAAAAAGAUCAAGGUGUA